UUCACUGUUUUUGCCACAGUUGCCAGCUUCACUUCAGGUCUCACAGCUGAUACCACGAUGUCUGACAAAGGUGGCUUUGAUACCAACGUGCUGACCCUCACCAGGUUCGUGCUGGAGGAGGGUCAGAAGGCCCACGGCACAGGCGAGCUCACCAACCUGCUCAACUCCAUCUGCACAGCUGUCAAAGCCAUUUCUACUGCUGUCAGGAAGGCUGGGAUCGCAAACCUGUAUGGUAUCGCUGGCAGCACCAAUGUGACUGGGGACCAGGUGAAGAAACUAGACGUCCUGGCCAAUGACCUGGUCAUCAACAUGAUCAAGUCAUCCUUCUCCUCCUGUGUUCUGGUGUCAGAGGAAGAUGAGAAGGCCAUUAUUGUAGAACCAGACAAGCAGGGAAAAUACAUUGUCUGUUUUGAUCCACUGGAUGGCUCCUCAAACAUCGACUGUCUUGUCUCUAUCGGAACAAUCUUUGCCAUCUACAAGAAGACCACUGAUGAUAAACCAUGUGAGAAGGAUGCACUGCAGCCUGGAAGAAACAUUGUGGCUGCUGGUUACGCACUGUAUGGCAGUGCCACCAUGAUGGUCCUUUCCACUGGACAAGGAGUUAAUUGCUUCAUGCUUGACCCGGCAAUUGGAGAGUUCAUCUUGGUGGAUCAAAAUGUAAAGAUUAAGAAAAAGGGAAAAAUCUACAGUUUGAAUGAGGGAUACGCUCAGCAUUUUUAUCCAGAUGUGACAGAGUACAUACAAAAGAAGAAGUACCCAGAGGAUGGAUCUGCUCCAUAUGGUGGGCGUUAUAUUGGUUCAAUGGUAGCAGAUGUUCAUCGCACCCUGGUGUAUGGGGGGAUCUUUUUAUAUCCUGCUAAUAUCAAGAGCCCAAAGGGCAAGCUAAGACUGCUGUAUGAAUGUAACCCCAUGGCCUACAUCAUGGAGCAGGCGGGGGGCUUGGCCACAACUGGAUCUGGGAAUAUUUUGGACAUUCAUCCCACCAACAUCCAUCAGCGAGUCCCUGUUGUCCUGGGCUCGCCUGAUGAUGUGCAGGAGUACAUUUCCAUCUUUAAGAAACACGCCAAAUGAGUUUAUUGAAGUCCAGCAAGUGAAGUCAGGUGAUAAAGAACCCGAAGCAGAGACUGUGACAAAAUCAACAGGACAUUAAGUACUUUCCACUUUUACAUCUAGAAAAGAACUAAAGAACAAGGCUUUUGAUAAAAAAAAAAUGUCAAUUUUACCAUGGUCAUUCCAGGUUGUUGCUUGAGACACAUAAUGUUUGUUUUUUAAAUAAA